AUUUAAUUAUUAUAUUUUUAUCACUGGAUCUGCUGGGACGCCGCUAGUCUUAAAGCACAGACACUGGUAUAAAAACGGUGGAUGAAAAUUAUAUAAACAGCUUCAAAUCAUUAAUAGUUACAACUUGGGGAUUUUCGUGGUCACAGAAUAAUGGAUAUGUCUAACCGUGAUCCAGCUAACAUGACUUUUUUGCCGUUCGAGAAGAAUCACAAUGCACACGCGUUUGAUGAUUACUUGCGUCGGCACUGGACAGACUCGUUUAUAUAUUCUGGUAUCUAUGUGAUAGUGGUAUUUGGUUGUCAGUUUUUAAUGAAAAAUCGAGAAAGAUUCGAACUACGGCCAUAUUUAGCGAUCUGGAGUGGACUUUUAGCAGUGUUUAGUAUAAUGGGUACAAUUCGCACAGUUCCUGAACUGAUUUGGGCCGUAAAGUACAAUGGUUUUGAAUAUUCGUGCUGUAGCGGCUCAUAUUUGGAACAUGGAAAAGUCUCCAGCUUUUGGGGCUGUCUGUUCGCACUUUCUAAAGUCGCUGAAUUAGGAGACACUUUGUUCAUGGUUCUUAGAAAGCAACAGCUCAUCUUUUUACAUUGGUACCAUCAUAUAACAGUUCUAAUUUAUGUCUGGUACAGUUACCCAGACCAUAUUGGCACCGCCAGAUAUUUCAUGGUGAUGAACUUUACGGUGCAUUCAGUAAUGUACAGCUACUAUACUCUUCGAGCUUUGAAAUACAACCUUCCCAAAUGGAUCAGUAUGUUAAUUACCUCUCUUCAACUUGUUCAAAUGUUUUCUGCAAUUACUGUGACUGUAAUAUCAUACAAUGCACUUUCCUCAGGUCGAGAAUGUGCUACAAACUAUAGCAAUAUAGGAUGGAGCAUGAUCAUGUAUUUUAGUUAUUUAGUACUAUUUGCACGAUUUUUCUACAUGAGUUACAUAAAGAAGGGAUCAGUCAUUCACGAAAAGAAAACAUAAGCUUUUGAAUGGAUUUGAAUCUAAGUGCUACUGUUAAAGAUAUACUAUGACUAUAUUAAGCUGAAAUAAUUUUUCAUCAGAUAUUGAUUUAUAUAAAGGAAAUCCUUAACAAAUGUAUUAAACUUGCGUAGAUAAUGUGCUAACUGUGUAUGAGUUGCAUUUACAAGGGAAUGUUAUCUGGUUACAACCGUUUGUUAAAAAUGUUCCAGCUUUUUAUUCAUAGUACAAAUUUAUGUCGUGUGUACUUAUACUUAUGUAACCUAACAUACUGUACACACGCACACGAACACACAAAAAAAUGUUUACCGUUGUUUCUUCAAAUAUGAAAUUUUAACAUGGCAUAUCUUUAGUUAGCCUGGCUCCCUGGCUGCAUGGUUAUUUUCUUUAUAAAAACGGCAAACAUUUUAUACGUAAAUUUUAAGUCUCUAAAAUAGCACAUUUGUAUCCGAUGGCUACACCAUACCUAUGUUCGGAGCCAGGGGGAAUAAAAAAAAUCAUUACAGAAAACAACCUGCUGCAGUUACUUCCACUGUUAAUUGAAUGAAGAAGACUUUCAUACGAAAAAUAUGACAGAACAAACAUAGAGACGGGAGCCAGUGUAAUCUUUAGUUUAUACGUGCUGUGUCCGCUGAUCCAUGCCAACAGUCUUGUAUAUGUAACCUUAUACAGUGCAAACUGGCUUUUUUUGCAAUAUAUUUUUUCUUCCAAUCUGAAUGUACUUUACCGUAGGGUUGAACCAGCCUGUUGAUGUUGAUGUGUUUUAUCUAAAGUAUAUUGUAAUGUUUUAUCUUCUUUUUUAUUUGAUAAUUCUACAGUGUAAUUUCUCAAAAGUGUUCCACAACCAUUGUUUUGAGACAUACAUUUUUUUAAAACUUAUUCGUGUUACAAGUUCUCUUUUGUUAGCAUUACAACCUAUCUUUUGUUUGAUCAUGAGUUUGUGUAUCAUUCAUAUAUUGAAAGCAAGGAAAACUAUUUUUAACAAUGUUUCGUGUGACAAAAUGCUCUUUUUACAACAUUUGCAGACUAAUGUAUGAAUAAAUAGAAAAUAGUGAAUGACGCAAACAGGUGUUAUCAUUUUCUUAUGUUGCGUUGAUGUAUAGAACACUAAUCGCAACCCCAUUACCGAAAAAAAGCUGAAUAUUAUAACAUCUCUCUUUUCCCAUCGCAUUAUUCUGGGGUUGAUAAAUUUAACAAACAUGAAGGUGUCAGUAUGUCAAUUUUUAGUGCAGCAACAAUGAUUUACAAACCAUAUGUUUUGUAUAUUUUCUAAGAGAUUAAACAAACGAAAUAAAUGGUACUUAGUAGUGCUUACACAAUACAUGUUUAUGUAGUGUUCCAUUUGAUUUGAAAAAAGCAACAACUUGGUUUCAUUCUGUCCAACACAUGGUCGUGUAUUCAAUGCUAUAUGUAUCAUAUAUUUUUAUAUGCUACGUCUUUCGACUAUAUAUAUGCUAUUUUUUCCGACUGAAUAUUUAGAAUGUUUCUGAGUCUGCAAAUCGUGUGUUAAAAAAGCUAAAAUUUGCGCAAAGAAGCGGACAAAUGUUUGUUUAACUAGGACGAAUUCCGAUCUUUUGUAAAUACUAGUAUCGUCUAUGCAUCAGGGGCUCAUUUACGAAAACUUAUAGGGACAAAAUUGGAACUUAGGAGUAAGGUAUUUCGCAAA